CACUCACUCUCUCUCACACACACAGAGAGAGAAUAACGUCAAAAGAUAAAAACACGCAAACAGCUGCCGUCUGUGACGCAAAAGAAAUAUUACGGCGUCACUAUUGAUUGGCGUCACUAGUUGAUGUCACUAUGGAGAUAGAGACACACUGUGUGGAGCAUCGCUACAUCAACACCUGUCUCAGGCGCUGUAACUGCUCAGGUAUAUCAAUCAGCACUCAGCAUUCACACUCAGUAUCAGCCAAAACGACAUAGUGUUUUAAGCAUCAGCUGUUGGAAAACGUACAGGUGCUAGCCAGGAGAAUGUCUUUCUUUCAUGCGUGGGCCUCCUUGUGCUUCUUUUAUUCACGCGCUGCAACGACGGGCGGCAUCCAAGCUCCGAGAACGAACACACACGUGACCUUUGCUUUUCCCGCAUUUCAUCUACCUUCGUCGCUGUGGAUGUGUAAUGUACGUGCAGCCUGCAUCUCUGUCAUCACGUGGUGUAAAAGCUUUCUCCUCAAGUCCAUGAUAAAAUCCACCAUGUUCGCUCGCAUUUCCUCUCGUUGCUGGGAAAGCAGCCUGACGACGGUGACACUGCUUUACUGUAAAUAUCAAAGACAGAGAGAGUUCCCUCAUAAACAAGUAGACCAUGAGUCUGAAUGUCUCGGAAUACAGUUUCUUCUUCCUCACCUCCUGCUUCGACUCACCUGUGUGUCUCUUGAUGUCAGGCCACCAUCUUCAGACUUACUGGGCAUGACGACUGAGCUCACGUGGAAAAGAGUUUCAAACAAAAAGGAAGCAGUUUUGUUGUGUAAAGCCAGUGAAAGUGUUAAGCACCCUGAUGUAGCCUUGGCGGCUCCGGCUGUUAACAAGCCAGGAAGGACCUGUACAAGAACUUCGUCUACAGAGUAGAGCUGUGUGAUGUCUGUCGUGUGUAGAGAACUGCUUUGCCUUCCGACAUCCCCACACCUCGCCAUUGCCUUCGCUCUCUGUCAGUUCGUCAUUAAAGCCCAAAAUUGUUUGGUUUUAAUGAGGACACACAUAAAAUUGUGGGGCGGUAGGGUGAGAUAUUUAAGCACCAGAACAUCCUGUGUAUUUCAUUCUGCUCGCAGCUCUCCAGGCAGGGUGUCGUACUUCAUAAAUGUAUGUCCCGUCAAAGGCUUUGAAAUGAUGCCACAUUUCGUAAAAUAUUUUGCUACCUGUGAGUUGACGAUACAAACGCUUACUGAUGAGCAACACAAGAUACUCGUUAGUGAUAUAACAAACUUCAUUACUAACUCUCUCUUCCAAACUGUAUUGCAUAAAAAUAAACACAGACAUUUCUUAAGGAUGUACUCCGUAAAACUGGAAAACUUUACGAUGCCAUCAAAGGCAAUUAAAACUGAAAGACGUGUUUGCACAUAGCAACCAAGAAAUCAUUCAGGUAAUGAACUAUGGAAGCAGUGUUCUUCAUGAGGGUGACAACACUUUCUUGCAGCUGAAGACCCUACAGAAAAAACGACACACCCGAUAUAAAGAAACUGGAACGUCAAGCAAGAAAUUCCGAGAAAAACUUGAAGAAAGUCAGACAUGGGCAAAGUGUAGUGACGAUCGCCAGUCGCGAAAGAAAGUUUUGAAAUACCAAGAUCAGCAUCGUAAACAAUGGUUGAGUGUGAUACACGACAGAGAUGAAAAGGUGAAAAAAGAGGUGACAUACUGUCGCCGAUGCAAAAUCAGCAGAUAAGCUCAGUAUUACAUUACCAUCGCCAGGAUGCACAACUUUGGACAGUGUAUUACAGACGACACCAAAGUCGUGAAAUAAGCCUGACAAACAACGACCGAAAAACAGAGGAACGCACACACUUGGAAAAUUGUGUUAUUCAGAAAGCCGUAAACUCAGAUGUGAAACACGAAGGACAGAUAGGACCUGGCGUUUAGCAAUCAAAUAGCCAAGCUACUCUUCUUGACGCCUACUUGUCGACUGCCACAGACGCAGACAGCACAGAUGUACACAGACCACCAGUUAAACAGAAAUACAAAACUAACCAACAAAAUGCAACAUGGGGCUAGCCGGACAAACAUGACCCAUAACAAUCAAAGGAUGACUAGAGAGAUAAACGUCACUAAUACAGUUAGCCAAUUAAAAACGGAGGAUGCAACGCGGGAGGACAAGAAGAAACACACCAUCAUUAACGUUUCACUUGAGGAGAACUCGAGGGGAAAGUCUCCCUGCAAGGAGUUCAAAGCUUGGGGAGCCAUCGGACAGAAGAAAGCCAAGCGUCGGAGCACGUCCUGUGGUCAUCGGGAACACCAAAGAGGUAUCAACGGUGACUGUUCCUAUGGCGACCUGCAUGCUGUAGAGACCGCGGGGCUUCACCUUCGCCACUGUUCCACGGCAGGUCAAGUAGGUGAUGCUGAGGGCGCCACCAUCGCUCAUGGCACUUCCAGCAGCGAGAGAAACAACACCAGUCCCAUCUCCAAGCAGAAACAGCCGAAUGACCACAGAGUCGGGUGUAGCCAAUCUAGAACUGACUGUCCACGAACAUGUUUGCGCUGUGAGCCCACUCCGUCUGUACUCAUCCAGCUGACCCUCUGCUCACUUCUAUUCUGUGCGCCCUUUGCGGUCAGUUCAAAUGUUGUUGUUGGAGUCUAUAUCCAAAACAGAGAAUCGCCCCAAGCACUCGAGUUCUUCAAUCGCACGCUGGACGUUAUGCUGAGGGUGGUGAAGAAGAUGCUGCCAAACAAAACUUUUAUUGUAGAAAAGAUCUUCGAGAGCUGUAGUUCUGUAGAUACCUUGGACGAAUUCAUCAAUAUGAACGAGAGACAAACUAAUCCUGUUGAUGUCUUCAUUGGUCCCACGUGUAACUGGCUCUGCGGUCAACUCAUAAAUCUGACCAAGAGAUGGAAAUUUACAGCUAUCAGCUACAAGUCUUGCGGUCACCUGGAAGGUAACAAAAACCUGAGCAGAAACUUCUUGCGAAUCAUGCCCUCCUUCCAGGAAAAGGGUUAUUUUUUUACAGAAAUGGUGAGGUACUUUAACUGGGAGCAUGUCACUAUAGUGACAGCGACAGAAUCCUCUGCGGAGUGGUCAGAGCUGGGGGACAUGUUGGAGAAUAUCCUAAACAAGAAACCAGCGUUAAUGUCUUUCGCUGGAUGGUAGAACUGACACAUGAAGACAGUGUCAUUGCCGCUACAGAAAAAUAUACCAAGCAGUCUUUUGUGUUUGUCUGGCUGAUGUUUCCGGAAGAAGUAAUCCGAUUCCACGAACUCUUGUACAAAGCUGGCUUCGUCAAAAAAGGAUACGCCUUCUUUACCUUUGACUUCGCCAACUACGGAAUGGUCAUGAAUGUUUCCACCUCCCAGUUAUUCAACAUGACGGGACUGCUUGACAUAACCAUCGACAGCCUGCAAGACAGGAACAAAUAUCAACAGUUUGUAUCCCAAAUCAGCUCCAGCUCAGAUGUCUUCCCGCUACCAUGCAAGAACCGAGCGAUCGGGAUAGCACUUAACGAAUUUGCAGACGCAAUUCUGUUAAUGGGUCACUGCAUAAACCUUACUCAGGAAAGAAACUCAAGCAAAAAGUGCGAUUUGAUCAACCUUCACAACCAGACUUUUCAAGGUGUUGUGGGGGACGUGCGAAUAGACGAGGACGGCUCUCGGAUGGAGAGGUUGGUGCUCAAUAAUAUGGUCAGCGGCUGCUACUAUCAGGUUGGCUGGUUCGAGUUCGGACACGGCGAGGCAGUGACCUUUAACCUGAACAACUCUAUCAUCUGGCCAGGCAACACCAACGUGCGUCCUAGUGUCAAACCCAAAUGUGGCUGGAAAAAUGAUGAGUGUUAUUCGGAAAUGACCAAUGUCACAGCCAUCGUGGUGUCUGUGGUCCUAGCCCUCAUUGGAAUUGGUAUUUGUGUGUUCAUCAUCAGCCGGAUAAAGGCUAGACGGGAUCUGGGUGAGAGAGACUGGAUCAUCAGCGCCAACAAGCUCUACUCGGCUCCAAUCGUUGAAGGAAAAGCAGGGGCGAUCACCGGCUCGACGAAACAGUGGUUAAGAAAAGAAACGAAGGGCUUUCGUGGGAGGCUGUGGUCCUUGGUCAGCCAGGACUCGUUCAAGGGCUUCGGCGGCAACGCCUUCACAAAGGUGGCGGUGAUCAACGGUCAACUAGUGGCUGUCAAACCAGUCAUGAAGGAGAACCUCGUGGUCACCAGUGACAUCACCAAAGAGAUCAACAAGGUCCGGCGUCUGAAGCAUUCUAAUGUGAAUCAUCUCGUUGGCGCAUGCGUGGAGACGGGGCAGGUGUGUCUGGUGUGGGGGUACUGCCACAAAGGUUCACUUGAAAACGUGCUGCAGCAUACGGGUAUAAAGCUGGACGUCAUCUUUAAUGUCUCCUUCAUCAGCGACAUUGUGCGGGGUAUGACGUACCUACAUGACAGUCCAGUUGGUCGCCAUGGCCGCCUGAAGUCCAGCAAUGUACUGGUGGACAGCAACUGGUCAUGCCGCAUCACCGACAUCGCCAUGCCCUUCUUUCGAGAAGGUGAGGUCCGCAUUCAAGAUGAACAUCAGAUUCCGUGUUUCGAGUUGCUGUGGACGGCGCCGGAGCUGCUGUAUGACGUAGCGCUGCAGCGCCGCGGCACCAAGAAAGGCGACGUCUACGCCUUCGCCAUCAUCAUGCAGGAGAUCAUCCUCCGCUCGCGGCCCUUCAGCAUCGGCCCGGACGACAACGCUCGAGAAAUCGUACAGAGAGUGCGAAAAAGGGAGAGUCCUCCGUUCCGGCCUGUGGUGCCGAGGUCAGCUGCGGAUGAGAACCUUCAGGACAUCAUGUACCUGUGCUGGGACGAUGUUGAGCAGUUCAGGCCGUCCUUCCCCAUCGUAUCGGAGAUGAUCAAGAACGUGAGAGGUGGUCUCGGACCAGCAACCACCCUGGUGGACCAGAUGCUGCACAUGCUGUCUAAGUACGCCGACAACCUGGAGGAGCUCGUGGAGGAGCGGACCACCCAGCUAGAGAUGGAGCAGAAAAAGACAGAGGAGCUGCUGUGUCGCAUGCUGCCCAAGUCGGUUGCCAUGAACCUGAAGUUGGGUAACGAAGUGGUGCCGGAGUCCUUCAAUGCGGUCACCAUCUAUUUCUCCGACAUUGUGGGCUUCACGUCGCUGGCAGCUAUCAGCACUCCCAUGCAGGUAGUUGACCUCCUGAAUGACCUGUACACGUGUUUUGACACUAUUAUUGAGUCAUUUGACGUGUACAAAGUGGAGACAAUUGGUGACGCCUACAUGGUGGUCAGCGGGCUGCCGGUGCGUAACGGAAAUCUUCACGCCGGCGAGAUCGCCACCAUGGCCCUGAAGAUCGCCGACUCUGUCCUCACCUUCCGCAUCCGACAUCUGCCUGGGGAGCAGCUGAAUAUCCGCAUCGGCAUUCACACAGGGCCGGUGGUGGCCGGGGUGGUGGGCCUCAAGAUGCCGCGCUACUGUCUGUUCGGCGACACCGUCAACUACGCCUCGCGCAUGGAGUCCACCGGCGUCGCUCAACGUGUACAUGUCAGCCCUGAGUGUAAAGCGUAUCUGGACGUGCUGGGGGGCUAUAUCUUACAAGACAGAGGACCUGUAGAAAUGAAGGGCAAAGGCGUUAUUCACACAUACUUUCUCAUCGGGAGGGUUGAUGUCUAGUGCCCAGCACAGAUCACAUCAGCUCCGGAAUCGUGCGGUGACUGGCGACAAACAAGUCAAAAUCAGAACGAACUACAAACACCACUUCGUCGACUGGACUGUCUUGUUAAGAAUCAUGUUUAUGGCGAUUUAUGAAGGCACAGGUAAUUGUAUUUGCAAUCGCGUGCACAAGAGAUGUUCGAAGCCACGCCGUUAAAGACAUGGGAGCCUUCUCCCCACCCCCACCCCAGUCGGGAUUAGUCUCCCCCUGAUGGCUCUGUCUGUGCAUCACGGACUCUCACAAUUAUUUCUCUUUUCUGAGUGUUUAUGCUCUGACUGAAACGUGAAACACUGACACAAAUAUAAAGGAGGACGCAUACAUACAUAUAUACAUUCAUACACACUUCUUACAA